AUGAAAGAUACGCUAUCCGGGCCCACAUCGCCGCUAGAGUCGGCAUCGACCUACGCCGCAUCCCGGCAGCCUUCCCGCCGAUUGCCCCGUAGGCUCACGGACCUACGCGGCGUUGAGAUCAACUUCGAUGAGGCGGUCAAAGAAGAAAUUGCCUGCCAAACCGGACUGAAGCCCAUCAGCAUACGGACCUCGCGACACGACUCGGGCGAUAUGCCUACCAAGACCCUUAUUGUAUCCUUCCUGGAACCCACGCAGAGACCCUGGCGACUGUUCGGCGCCAGCCGGUUCGCCCGCUAUAUCGACAAGCCCAGCAUUCCUAGCCAAUGUGACAAGUGCUGGGAUUUCCACGCUCGACACAGCUGCGAUCGAACGGCGCGCUGCAGGCGUUGUGGCAAAACCGGCCAUCGUAGCCAAGAAUGCACCGCCCUCGAGCAGUGUGCAAACUGCCUUGGACCCCAUUGCGCGGAUGACCCCAAAUGCCCUGCCCGCCCCAAGCGCGUUCACGGCAUGGUCCGGCGCCUGACGAAGGAGGAGAAGAGCCUGGUACGGCAGAUGGGAGUUCAGCUCUCUGCGCAGCAGAAGCGGCAGACUCCAAAGGCCAGAGUGUCCGACCAGUCUGAUCAGAGCCCUGGCAGGCCGCAGAUACUUUCCUUGGAGUCAACGGCGCCGCGGGCAGCUGGAGGAGAUGGAAGCUCCGACAUGGGCGCCAUUUACGAGCCAGCCGCGCCGUCAACCCCAUGCAUCGUUGUGGCCACAACGCCGCCGCAUUCCUGUGACGCUACCCUAAUGCCUCGCUGUUUUCCACGCAAUCGAAGCGAUAGGAGGAUCUUGCGAAUCUUCCAAGCCAACGUAGGCAAGAUUCCGCCGGCACACGAUUGUGCCCUUGCGUUGGCCGACUCGGAACAAUACGACAUUAUUUUGUUGCAGGAGCCAUGGACAGGACUGAAAGAUGGCCGAUGCCUCACUAAGACGCAUCAGGCCUACGACACCUUCUCACCCGUCAACGACUGGGACGGCCGCGACACUCGCCCGAGAGUCAUGACAUACGUCCGGCGUUCCGCAGGUCUCGUCGCUGAUCAAAAGAGACCUGCGGCGACUCGUGACAUCCUUUGGCUCACCGUCAACGGCAUAACAGUCGUCAACUUCUAUCGGCAGCCGUACCACGACGGAGCCCUUGAAAUCUUGCUUCAGUGGACCGUACCGGACAAGUGUCUUGUUGCUGGUGAUUUCAAUGCCAAACAUCCCAGCUGGCAGGCCGGUCGACGAGAGGACCGCGGCGAAGAAAUAGCGUUUUGGGCAAUGGACAAUCGACUCGGCUUACUGAAUCCUGUCGAUGUCCCGACCAACGCACACGGCAAUACGGUUGAUCUCGCCUUCUGCAACAUACCUCUGGCCGACGCUGUUGUCGAGGAUCAUCUAGCAACCGGCUCCGAUCAUUUUACCCUUAGUAUCACGCUGCCAGGACAAGUUCUGGCACCCCUUCCAAUAGGAAAGAUCCAUCUCAACUCCGACGAGGAAUUGAAGCGAUUCAUUGAAUUAGUGGAGGCCGGUGCCGCCUUCAUCCCGAUCACCACGGCAUCUCCUUCCGAGCUCGACAGCUUUGCGUCGGCGCUCGUGAACCUUCUUGGUUGUGCAGCCAGAGCUGCCGGUCGACCUGCCCGUAAGACUACGCAUGGUGCGCGGUGGUGGACUGAAGAAUGCGCAAAGGCGGCGGCCAAUUACCGCGCGUGGAGGAGAGUUCACUCUCUCGGCUUCGACCGAGAAGUACAGCUAGCCAAGAGGAGCUCCAUAGCGUGGUGCGCCGGGCCAAGCGCCUUUACUGGCGUCCGUUUCAAGCUCCUCCUGCAAAUUGACGACCGAGUGUAUGAGACGCAGCUGGAAAAGGCCACCGCCUUGCGACAAGCCACUCUGGAACGGCGCACGGCGAACGACGACAUCCCAGAUCCGUGGAUCUCCGUGAACACAGAUAGGACGAUACCCUUCACCGACCGAGUCUCUCCGGAGGAGACCCGCGACGCCACGCUACGCACCGGGAAUACGUCCCUGGUCCCGACAAUAUUACGGUGCGGAUGCUCCGCGCUGUCUGGCAUGCGAUCGGAAGUCUCGUCCACCAGCUAUAUCAAGGCUGCCUCAGGAUUGGCCACCAUCCGAAGCCCUUCCGAGAAGCAGAAGUGGUCAUGA